AUGCACAUGUUCGGUUGCUCGCAUGAAGGCACUGCCACCAACUCGCGGGCCCUGGGCCCCUCCCUUGCGUCUGCUGAGAAGCGCACCUUGCACGGCCGGUCAGGGCUUGCAGGGGAGCGGGAGAGGGACAGGGAGCGGGAGCGGGAGAAGGAGAAGGAGAAGGAGAAAGAGAAGGAGAAGGGGAGCGGUAGUGGGGAGAAAGGAGGAGCAGGAGGAGGGGGAGGGGGAGGGGUAAGGGGAGCAGCAGCUGGUGUGGUGCGGGCGUUGGAUUUCAAAGGAGCAGCAGAGGAGCAGGUAUGGUGCGCCCCCCCUCGCCCCGCACCCAUGGCGCUGUGUGCGCCCAUAGCCCAUAGCGCUGUGAUAGCCUGCUCUGGCCCUGCGCCCUCCCCCCAUGCAUCCGCGUCCCCUGCCCCCACUCCGCCUCCUUUGACGCGACUGGCCAGCAGCAAGAGCAGGGGCGCGGGGGGAGUGGGAGGAGGAGAUGAGGAGGGCGGAGGGGCAGCGCAUGCAGCAGGGGGAGGGGGAGGGGCAGGGGGAGCAGCAGCGUCGCCCCUAAAGGGACCGGGGGGAGGGAAGGCGGAUAGUACUGGACUGGUGCCUCAAGCGCUCAAACUGAAGCCCACCAAGUGGACGCUCACGAGUCUGGGCAGAGACCCCAAGGCGGACCUAGACGCCUUCAAAAAGAGGUCGGAGAUGGCAGAGCGCAACCUCAAGCUCGCCACAGCUGCCCUCACACGAUCCGAAGCCCUCUUUGCGGCUGGCUGUGUACUUCCUGUUCAUCCCUGCUUGCUUCUCCCCCUCGUUCCUCACCUCUUCCAUGCUUGUUCCAUUCUUCAUUCACCCCCUUCCAUCCCCCUUCCACACCCUUCCCAUCCCCCUUCCGCGCCGCUUCAACCGCUCUUUCUCCUCCCUUCCAAUCCCCCCUUCCAUCCUCCUCCUGCCUCCCCUCAUCUGCCUCCUGGCCCCCUUCCAUUCCCUCCACCCCUGUUCCUCCCUGCAGCGACAUAG